AUGCCGGUCGACAAACCUCGCACGAUCCCACCCGAGAUUGACAUCCCCAACGGCGGCAAGUCGGAACAAUUCUGGAUCGAGACCGACUACUCGGACAAAACUCGCUUCUGGGCCAAACGCUUCUAUCCCACUGACGCCAGUGAUGCGCAGGUGCAACCCAAGUCCACUACGAUCUUCGUUCAUGGCUUUGUGGAGUAUGUGGACCGCUAUCGCAACAUCUUCCGUCUUUGGCCUAGCAAGGGUCACGAGAUUCUAGGUUUCGACCAACGUGGUUGGGGAAAUACCUGUCGAUCCUCAUCCGAUCCUGUCAAAAAUUACGGCAACACCACCUGGCCCCAACAGUUCCAGGAUCUCGAGCAUGUGAUUCGCCAGACACGCCAGCGAUUGGAUGAGCAAUGGGGUGUCAACAAGGUACCCAUCUUCCUGCUCGGUCACAGUAUGGGCGGUGGCAUCGUGACCGCCUUCCACACGCGCAGUCCAGAGUGGAUCCAGCAGCACGGCGCCAACAGUCCGUCGCAGGAGGCCAAGGAGAUGGUAGCUGGUGUGAUCGCAAGCGCACCAUGGCUGACGCUCACCAAGCCGCCUCCGUGGUUUGUCGUCUGGGGUGCAACCAAGGUGCUAUCGCUGAUCCCCGAGAUGCACUGGAGCGUGGAUCUGCUGGGUAAAAACAUCUCCAGAGACCCCGUGGUCGCGAGCAAUUUUGAAAACGAUCCGCUCUCGGACAAGAAAGUGUAUCUCAAGGCGAUCCAGGGCCCACUGCAGGGUGGAAUCGACAUUGUAGACAAUGCAUACGCUCAUUGGCCAGAGUCGAAACCGCUACUGGUGCUCCAUGGUACUGCCGAUCUGGUCACCAGUUACAAGGGUUCACAGAAACUCGUAGAGCGUGUCAAGGCAAACGACAAGACGCUCAAGCUCUUUGAUGGCUUUUAUCACGAUCUGCUCAACGAGCCUGGCCAGGAUAAGGUGAUCGUGGGAGAAUACGUGCUAAACUGGUUGGACAGUCACUUGUAG